AGAACACAUAUAUUUGUGUAUCCUUUUAGCUUGAAUUUUACAAAGAAUUUUCCCUCCCUACUUGAUCUCGAACCAAUGGCUUUAAAUAGUGAGCCGACUUCCGUGGAUCUGCUACAAGAUUCGACGCCCGUCAUUGACUACUCCUUACUUACCAUAGGCACUGCUGAUGACCGUUCUAAGGUUGUCCAUGAUCUUGGGAAAGCCUGUCAAGACUGGGGUUGUUUCAUGCUGGUGAAUCACGGGAUACCGGAGACUCUCAUCCACGAGAUGAUGAAUGCAUCAAAUGAGUUUUUCAAUAUGACAAAAGAAGAAAAGGUCGAAUUUGCAGCCCUUGGAGUUUUAGAUCCCAUCAGAUGCAGCACCGGGUUCAAUCCUGUCAACAAAUAUAAAGACUCGUUGUGGAGAGAGUAUCUUCGGCUCAUCGUUCAUCCCGAGUUUCAUUGUCCUUAUAAACCUCCGGGUUUCAGUGAACUUGCAUCGUACUAUGUCAAAAGGACAAGAACAGUAGCGAUGGAAUUGGUGAAAGGAGUGUCAGAGAGUUUAGGGUUUGAAGCAUCGUACAUGUACGAAGAACUGAACUUGGACUCGGGAUUUCAAUUGUUAGCGAUCAACUACUAUCCCUCUCUAGCAGAGUUUGAUACUCCACGAGGGUUGAUGCCGCAUACAGACCACGGACUACUGACUCUGCUCUACGAAAACGGUGUUCCAGGUCUUGAAGUUCUUCUUAAUGGGAAAUGGGUGAGUAUGAGUGAUGUUCCAAACGCGUUCUUGGUGCUCAAUUCGGAUCAUCUCGAGAUUUUUAGCAACGGAAAAUACAAGAGUAAGUUGCAUCGAACUGUGGUGAAGGAUGAACGCAAAAGGAUCACACUUGUGAACCCCAACGGCCCAUCACUUGACACCAUCGUUGGUCCGUCAUCAAGGCUUGUAGAUGGUGAAAACAAUCUCCCUGGCUAUCUUCCGAUGAAAUAUAGCGAAUAUCUGGAGUUGCAGACUAAACUUACGAUGGCGGGAAAGCAUGCCUUUGAUAAAGUUCGACUUCACAUUUAGUAACGGCAUAAAGAGCAACGACUUAUAUGAUGCAAUUGUUUGCUUUUCUUCUCUGUUGUUCACUUGUUUGUAUCAUAGUUUCUAAAUUUCAACCGAUCCUAAUUGAAUGUUCUUCAAACGUAAUAAAUGUUCAACAAAAGAACGUGAAGUGGUGUUCACUUAAAACACCAUGCCAUUGGAGCAA